UUAUGUUCUUCAGUGGUUACAAGAUCUCUAGUUACAGAAAAGGAAAAAAAAACUUUGUAUUUCUAUGGCUUAUAAAGCCAUCUAUGAAGCUAAUAUAUCUGUCUAAUGUCUGGGCGUGGCAAAACCUUCUGCUGUCUUAUGCUCCUUUUGAGGAAGUUUUUUUAAAGAAUUGAGUAAAAUAUUAUGACCUCCUGAAGGCUGACUGACGUCACAAUGGAAAACAUACUGGUUGUCAAUAACGGAGUGUUAAGUUUUGCCAAUCCUAACUUCCACCUCGAUCCAGCUGACAUUAACAGUAAUCCACAGCCAACUCUUGAACCAUCGGACUCGGAUGAUCGCAUGUACGACAAGUUGGAUGCUGGUCACGCACGUGGACGAAGUCAAGAAGAGUCACAAAAUGAGGAGUCUUUGGAUUACAAUCUGAAUUCCACGUCUGGUAGAACAGAAACAGUCAUGGCAAACCCAGAUUUAGAGAGUAACGCAAGCAGUACAGCUUGCAAGAAAACUUCAGAAUCCGUGAAUAACAGAUCUAAUGAAAGAAAUUCCAACGAGAACGUGACGAUAAAAAAAACCAACGGUUUACUGGAAUAUUACUUGAGUCUGGAAGCCGCUGUGAGACAACAGCAAGAAGCCAAUCAGAAAGAAGCAGAAGAAGAGCUGAAAAAAAGGAAUGGUAACAAUAAUGAAUUUAUGAAAGCAGAAAACUCAGCGAGAAAUGUUGCAACGCAGAAGCUUCUAGCAGCGUCUCAAAGCCAUAAGGAAGCAAAUAGAGAUGUUCCACUUACAGAGGGCGUUGUCAGUAAAGAUUCAUGUGCCACUGAGGUUAAACGACGGUCACACCCGUCACCUGACAAACCUUCAGCCGAAAAACAAGAUUCUCCUUCAGAUGGGUCUCUUGACGCGGAAGAAUCUAACACAUAUGUCGCUUUUAAAGACGAUCUGCUCCCACCUGGCUGGGAGAAACACGAGGACAAAUCAACGGUGCUGUUUCCGUUUCCAGAUGAAAGUGGUCCUUACUAUUGGCACAUCAACAGCGGGAGUAUUCAGAGGCAGCCACCCCCGCCAACAGUGCCUCCUAUGAUUAACUACAGCACUAAGCCAAAACGGUCAUCUCUUGACCUGGAAUCUGUUUGGAACCCUUUAUCUAGUCUAACAACACCAUCUCCUCCUUCGGCUAAACCGUUUGAAGAAGUAAAUAGCUCUGGACUGACUCGACGUCAAGAGAACCAGUUGAAGAGAAGAAGUUACCCACAACGAUCGUGUAGCCUAACGCCUGAUAAGAAACCCAUCAGGUUUGCUGUAAGGUCUCUGGGAUGGGUGGAGAUAGCAGAGGAAGAUCUGACACCCGAGAAAAGCAGCAAGGCUGUCAACAAAUGUAUCGUGGAUCUUAGUCUUGGAAGGAAUGAUAUCUUGGACGUCGUAGGACGCUGGGGAGACGGUAAGGACUUGUACAUGGAUCUGGACGACUACUGCCUUCGUUUAAUCAAUCCUCAGGACCUAACAGUUCUAAACACCCAGCCAAUCCACACUAUACGUGUGUGGGGAGUUGGGAGGGACAACGGCAGAGAAAGAGAUUUUGCGUAUGUUGCUCGAGAUCGAGCUUCUCGCAAGCACAUGUGCCAUGUCUUCCGCUGUGACAUCCCUGCUCGAAUCAUCGCUAAUACACUGAGAGACUUGUGUAAGAAGAUAAUGUUAGAGCGCAGUUACCAACAGAAUCUGGCUAAUCCCAUUCCUCAACCUAUUUCAAAGCCAACAGCGAAUGCUCAUAGACAGGGGAUAAAAACAGCCGCUAUUCGCCCGACUAACCUCCCAGUGGAACAGAGACGCAUCAGGCACAUCAAUUCCAGAAACGCUUACAAUAGUCAGUCUUUUCCUACACCAAUGGAAGAACCAAGGAAAAUACUUAAAGUGUAUUAUCUAGGAACCACACUGGUGCCUAAGCCUACCGGCAUGGACGUAAUUAACGGCGCCAUAAACGAGUUGUUGGUCUCUGUACCUACCGAAGCCUACAGAUAUGUUAACGUUAUCGUGUCUCCCUCUACAAUUUCUAUUUCCAAAAUAGGCCCCGACCCAAGGUUGUUAGCUGAAUGUAGAGUGCGUUACUUAUCAUUCUUGGGUAUUGGACAAAUUGUAAAACACUGUGCUUUCAUCAUGCACACAGCCGAUGACCAAUUUAUUGCCCACGUUUUCCAUUGUGAACCCUCUUCUGGAGCGCUUUGUAAAACAAUAGAAGCAGCUUGUAAGCUACGUUACCAGAAGUGUCUUGACGCCCAUCGAGAAGCUUUGGCAAGAAAAAAUGGCAAAGUUCAAGAAAGGAAGGUAAAAUAAAAUGGUUAUCAAAUG